CAGGGAGUGGAGGGGGCAGGCGAGGUGAAGCACAAGAUCGGAUUAGGCGUUUCUUCCCUAAAGGGGACCCCGAGGUCCUGCACGCCCAGGGCCCAGGUGGAGCUGGGCUGGGGAUGCAGAAUUUGGUAUUCUGCAGGUGGAGAGGAUCAUGACCCGGAAGGAGCUGCUCACAGUCUACUCAUCUGAGGAUGGCCCUGAGGAAUUUGAGACCAUCGUUUUGAGGGCCCUUGUCAAGGCCUGUGGGAGCUCUGAGGCCUCAGCUUAUCUGGACGAGUUGCGUUUGGCUGUGGCUUGGAACCGCGUGGACAUUGCCCAGAGUGAACUCUUCCGGGGUGACAUCCAAUGGCGGUCCGUCCACCUGGAGGCCUCCCUCAUGGAUGCCCUCCUGAAUGACCGGCAUGAGUUUGUUCGCUUGCUCAUCUCCCAUGGCCUCAGCCUGUGCCACUUCUUGACGCCGACGCGCCUGGCCCAGCUCUACAGUGCAGCGCCUCCCAACUCGCUCAUCCGCAGCCUUCUGGACCAGGCGUCCCACGGCGCGGGCACAAAAACCCCAGUCCUUAAACCCUCUGCGGAGCCCCGACUCCCUAACGUGGGGCAAGUGCUUCUGAUGCUGCUGGGGAAGAUGUGUGCGCCGAGGUACCACGACUGGGUUACUGGGGAUCCACACCACGACCAUGGCUGCAUGGAGAGCCACCAAGGCGGGGAGAACACCCAUCUGCUCUCUGUCAGGGCCACCUCUGAUCUCAUGCUGGACGCUGUCCUCGGGGAGACCCCCUGGAGUGACCUGUUUCUCUGGGCACUGCUACUGAACAGGGCUCAGAUGGCCUUGUACUUCUGGGAGAUAGGCUCCAAUGCCGUGGCCUCAGCUCUUGGGGCCUGUUUGUUGCUCCGAGUGCUGGCACGCCUGGAAUAUGAGGCUGAGGAGGCAGCACGGAGGAAGGACCUGGCAGCCAAGUUUGAGGGGCUGGGUGUUGACCUCUUUGGCGAAUGCUACCGCAACAGUGAGGAUCGGGCUGCUCGCCUUCUCCUCAGACGCUGCCCAUUCUGGGGGGAUGCCACCUGCUUACAGCUUGCCAUGCAGGCCGAUGCCCGUGCCUUUUUUGCCCAGGACGGGGUACAGUCUCUGCUGACACAGAAGUGGUGGGGGGAGAUGGACAGCACCACACCCAUCUGGGCCCUGGUUCUCGCCUUCUUUUGCCCCCCACUCAUCUACACCAACCUCAUCACCUUCAGGAAGUCAUAUGAAGAGUCCACACAGAAGGACCUGGCAUUUGACAUGGAUAGGGGACUCAAUGGGGAAGGGCCAGCCAGGCCAGCAGACCCCCGUGAGAAGAUGCCCUUGGGGGGGGUGAUGAGUCAGCCCAGCCGUAGGAGGUGCUCCCCACAUUUGAGCCGCUGGCCCCAGUUCUGGGGGGCGCCGGUGACGGCCUUCAUGGGCAAUGUGGUCAGCUACCUCCUUUUCCUGCUGCUCUUCGCCCGGGUGUUGCUCAUUGACUUCCAGCCCCCACCACCUGGUGCCCUGGAGCUGCUGCUGUACUUCUGGGCCUUCACCCUCCUCUGCGAGGAGCUCCGCCAGGGCCUGGGGGGUGACUGGGGCAGCCUAGCCACUGGGGGUCGUGGGCCAAGCUCCUCCCAGCCGCUGUACCACCGGCUGCACCUCUACAUCACAGACACCUGGAACCAGUGUGACCUGGUGGCCCUCACCUUCUUCCUCCUGGGCGUGGGCUGCCGGCUGACCCCGGGUCUAUAUGAACUAGGCCGCACUGUCCUCUGCCUCGACUUCAUGGUCUUCACGCUGCGCCUGCUGCACAUCUUCACGGUCAACAAACAGCUGGGGCCCAAGAUAGUCAUCGUGAACAAGAUGAUGAAGGACGUAUUCUUCUUCCUCUUCUUCCUCGGCGUGUGGCUGGUUGCCUACGGGGUGGCGACGGAGGGGCUCCUUAGGCCCCAGGAUCAGGACCUCCCGAAAAUCCUGCGCCGCGUCUUCUACCGGCCCUACCUGCAGAUCUUUGGGCAGAUCCCUCAGGAGGACAUGGACGUGGCCCUCAUGGAGCAUGUCAACUGUUCAUCGGAGCUGGGCUUCUGGGCGCGCCCAUCAGGGCUCCAGGCGGGCUCCUGCGUCUCACGUUAUGCCAACUGGCUGGUGGUGCUCCUCCUUGUCAUCUUUCUGCUGGUUGCCAACAUUGUGCUGGUCAAUCUGCUCAUUGCCAUGUUCAGCUACACCUUUGGCAAAGUACAGGGCAACAGCGAUCUCUAUUGGAAGGCACAGCGCUAUAGCCUCAUCCGGGAAUUUCACUCUCGGCCAGCACUGGCCCCACCCCUCAUCAUCUUCUCGCACGUGUACCUCCUCAUCCGGCGAUUGAGCAAGCAGAGGGCCCGCUUGCCAUCCUCCCCGGACAAUUUUCGGGUCCUCCUCCCAAAAGAAACUGAGAGGGAGCUGUUGACGUGGGAGUCGGUGCGGAAGGAAAAUUUCCUGCUGGCACGUGCGAGGGACAAGCGGGAAAGCGACUCGGAGCGUCUGAAGCGCACUUCGCAAAAGGUGGACACAGCGUUGAAGCAGCUGAGACAGAUCCGCGAGUUCGAGCAGCGUCUGAAAGGGCUGGAGCAGGAGGUCCAGCACUGUAGCCGUGUCCUGGGCUGGGUGGCUGAGGCCCUGAGCCGGUCUGCGUUGCUUCCCCCAGGGGGAGUCCCUCCUCCAAUACCUCCUGGGCCCAAAGACUGAGCCCUGCUGGUGGACUUCAAGGAGUAGCCCCCAUGGGGAGUUUUUGCUCCCAGAGUAAGGCCUAACUGGUCCUGAACUCCUGCACCUGGUGGCCUUGUCCCUGAGAUGGACCCCACUCCAUGGACUACCACCUACCCAUCUGGGGUGCUAUCGAGAUCACCGCAAGAAGUGUCGUCUAUGCGAACCACAAAAGGCCUGGCCCCUCCCAGGACCAGCUCCACUCUGGGAGGAUGAGUUUCUAGAACCACAGCCCGCUGGGCGGGAGAAGGCUACAGGGUCCUGGGGGUACAGGGACCACAGACUACUCACAUCUCCCCACACUGGGGAAAUAAAGCCAUUUGAGAGGA